CAAAAACUGCACCAGGACCAUCCGAUGCACAAGAUGAUUAGGAAGAUAACCUAUAGCCUGGGAAGACGUGUGUCUGCUGUGGCAUGUGGGACCACCCAGGUGAGAAGAUUUCUGCAUGGUGCUUAUUUCAAGAUUCAGCCCUCUGUACAGGAAGCCCUGAUGGAGGGGAGACCAGUUGUAGCCUUGGAAAGCACCAUCAUUACACAUGGCAUGGCCUAUCCUCAGAAUCUGAGCAUGGCCAGAGAGGUGGAAGAAAUUGUAACAACAAAUGGAGCAGUGCCAGCCACUGUAGGUAUUUUAAGGGGUCGAAUCUGUGUGGGACUCACAGACGAGGAACUCGAGUUCUUGGCAAGCAGUAAAAACGUAGUUAAAGUGUCUCGGAGAGAUCUUCCUUACGUCCUCAGCCAGGGCUUGUCUGGUGGCACUACUGUGUCUGGAACAAUGAUUGCCGCACACAAAGCAGGAAUCCCUGUGUUUGUGACAGGUGGCAUAGGAGGCGUCCAUCGGGGAGGAGAGAACACUCUGGAUGUGAGUGCUGACUUGACAGAGCUAGGACGAACUCCGGUUGCUGUUGUAUCUGCAGGAGUCAAGUCUAUCCUUGAUAUUGGCAGGACACUGGAAUAUCUGGAGACUCAGGGAGUCUGCGUGGCUGCCUUUGGAGAGUCAAGGGAGUUCCCAGCCUUCUUCUCACGCCAGAGUGGCUUCCAGGCACCAUAUCACGUCCGGGACGAAGAGGAGGCAGCUGAACUCAUUGCCAGCGCUCUGGGGCUAGGCCUGAGCAGCGGGGUGCUGAUAGCAGUGCCCUGUCCCCAGGAGCGAGCUGCCUCAGGCCAGGUCAUCGAAGAGGCCAUCCAGCAAGCUCUCAGCGAAGCCAGGUCCAAAGGGAUCACAGGCAAAGAACUGACCCCUUUUAUGUUACAGAAGCUCAAUGAAUUAACUGAUGGGAAAUCGCUGGACUCCAACCUUGCUCUGAUCCAGAACAACGCCAGAGUGGGCAGCUGCAUUGCAGUGGCCCUGAGCAGGCUACAGAAAGCCAGAAGGAAGGGGAACCUGCCUCGGCGAGAGGACACAACCCUACCUCAGCCAGUGGUGAUUGGAGGUAUCAACGUUGACUUUAUAGCCAAGGCACAGAACCCUGUCAUCCUGGGUGGUGGGCAAACAAACGCUGGAAGAGUGAGACGAACCUUUGGCGGCGUUGGAAGAAACUUGGCAGACUGCUUAAGCCGUCUUGGACAGACUCCUCUCUUUUUAUCAGCUGUGGGGAAGGAUGAACAUUCAGAGUCCAUCCUGCACUACUGUCACCACAUGGACAUGAGCGCCGUCCUUCAGCUGGAGGGGAAGAGCACAGCCACUUACUGUGCUGUGGUCACUAGUGCUGGGGAGCUCAGCGUUGGCUUGGGAGACAUGGACAUCCAUCACCAGAUAACAGAGCAAUAUGUGUCCCAGUUCAAGGAGAACCUGUGCCAGGCCCCGCUAGUUUGCAUUGAUGGCAAUGUGCCUCUUUCCACUAUUCAGUACGUCUGCCAACUAGCUAGAGAGCAUCAGCUAGCAGUGUGCUAUGAGCCAACAGAUGAGAACAAGGCGUCUAAGCCAUUCUUCUCAGACAGCUGGAAAGCGCUCACAUACAUUUCCCCCAACCUGCAAGAGCUAAGAGCAAUAAAUCGGACCCUCGGGAACCCUCUGCCAGCAGAGCUGCCGUCCAGGUUGGAGGAUGUUGUCCAGACCACAAUGGCCCUGGCCCGCCCUUUGCUGGCCCACCUGUGCUGUGUGGUGGUGACCCUCGGUGCUCAUGGCAUCCUCCUGUGUGGCAAGAGCCUAGGAGGGAGCAUCUCGCUUUGUCCAGGAGCCCAGGUAAGGGCAUGGCAUCAGCCACAUGAGGCCUUAUCAGCUUGGGCAGUUCCCACUAACUUCCCUUCUCUCCCCCCACAGACUGCUGCUGCCAGCCUCUGCGCCACCCACUACCCUGCCAUCCCCAUCAGCAGGGAGGAGAUAGUCAACGUCUCAGGAGCCGGCGACAGCUUAAUGGCAGGAAUCCUUGCAGGGAUGCUUGCUAAACAUGACACAGAUACCUGUGUCCGGAUGGGUCUGCUUGCUGCAAGCUUGUCUCUCCGUUCCUAUGAGCCCAUUUCCCCAGAAAUCAGCCCUUACAGUGUCAGCCAGGAGCAAGUCAAGAGCAGGAGCUGGCCAGAGGUGAAGGUAUGGAAGAUGGACUAG